ACCGUCAGCCGGAUGAAUGUCGCGAGCACUCCGCAGUCUCAUCCAGGUUUCACUCGGAUGCGCUCGUGCUGAUCGGUGAAAGUGGAAUAGAACUGCGAGAGGAUGUAAAGAACCGCAGAAUGACAACAGGAACAAAAGAGACUUCUAGUUAGUCUCGGCGGACUGGACAACUAACCGGCGGCUACACGUUAGCUCGCUACAUUACGGCUCCCGGCAUCCUCGCUUCUUCUCGGUGAGCAGCGGGUCCCGUCGCCGUGUGCUCGCCAUGGCAGCCGUGGUGAGCUACUCUCCGCCCUGGUGGGUGAACGUCCUGCACAGACUCCCUCAUUUCAACUUCAUGUUCGAGCAAACGAGCAGUGAUUUCCAGCCAGGCGACUGGACAUAUCAACAGUCGAUCCUGUUGCUGGGAGGUGUGGCGCUGGCCUGUCUGGCCCUGGACCUCCUGUUCCUGCUCUUCUACUCCGUCUGUCUGUGCUGCCGGCGGAGCAAACGCGAGGACCGGCCCGCCGCCGACUGCUGCUGCACCGCGUGGUGCGUCAUCAUCGCAACGCUCGUCUGCAGCGCUGGCAUUGCUGUCGGUUUCUACGGCAACGGCGAGACUUGCGACGGAGUGAAUCGGCUGACGUAUUCCCUGCGCCACGCUAACCGCACAAUCACUGGAGUGGAGAAACUGGUGUACGACAGCACGUCCUCGCUGAACCAGACGGUAGAAAGCGAUCUGCAGCAGCUCGAGGGCCAGUACGCGCAGCACGCCGACUACCUGUCCAUCAUCCAGAAGCUGCAGGGCCAGCUGGACGAGCUGGUCAGGCAGAUGGGGGACAUCCCCUUCUGGGAGAACGCCGACGUCUCCCUGGAGGAGCUGGCCGUCGAGAUCGAGCUGUACGACUGGUACAGGUGGCUGGGCUACAUCGGCCUGCUCCUGUUCGACGUCCUCAUCUGCCUCCUGGUUCUGUUCGGCCUCAUUCGCAACUCCAAGGCAACGCUCAUCGGGGUGUGCUUGUUUGGUGUCGUCGCUCUGGUGAUCAGCUGGGUCUCCCUGGGGCUGGAACUGGCCGUUUCAGCGACCUCCAGUGACUUCUGUGCGGCUCCUGACAUGUAUGUCAUCGAAGUGGCGGACCAGUAUGGCGUCAUCAACCGAGACAUCCUGCAGCACUACCUGAGUUGCAGUUUGGAACGAACAAACCCCUUCCAGCAGAAACUCUCCGGCAGCCACAAAGCGUUGGUGGAGAUGCAGGACGACGUGUCUGAACUGCUGCGCUCGGCCACCAGAGAGUACAAACAAACCCAGGGAAGUUUAGAAGAGAUCCAGGGGGUCCUGAACACCACGGAGAUCAGUCUCCAUCAGCUCACGGCCCUGGUGGACUGUCGCAGCCUGCACAUGGACUUUGUCCAGGCCAUCACGGGACUGUGCUACGACGGACUGGAGGGCCUCAUCUACCUCGUGCUCUUCUCCUUCAUCACGGCGCUCAUGUUCACCUCCAUCGUUUGCAGCGUGCCUCACACCUGGCACACCAAGAGGAACGAGGAGGACAGCGAGGACGAGUCUCUGAGCCACGGCGGGAGGCAAAACCACGACAACCUGUACCGCGUCCACAUGCCCAGCAUGUACAGCUGCGGCAGCAGCUACGGCAGCGAGACCUCCAUCCCCGCCCCCGCCCACACCGUCAGCAACGCACCCGUCACCGAGUACAUGGCUCAGAACGCCAACUUUCAGAACUCUCGCUGUGAGAACACGCCUCUGAUUGGACGGGAGUCUCCUCCGCCCUCGUACACCUCCAGCAUGCGGGCCAAGUACCUGGCCAACAGCCCCCCGGAUCCCAACACCCCCCCUCAGGCACAGCAGGCAGCGGCGGCAUCGACGGCGGCGGCGUCGACAUCAACGGCGGCGACUGCGACGACGGCGGCGGCGGCGGCGGCGGUGUCUUCCCGCCCUCAGCGCUGACGUCUCCGAAGCUUCUCCUCCAGUCGGUCCGUUCUCACUCCUCACACCUGUCGGUCACUCCUCCCACGCCCGCAAAAAAGUCGCCGAACCGUUCACGUUCUUUCCCCCGCGAUCCUCGGCCGACGUUCGCGAUCGCGGGAAUCGGCGGCGGCGGGAAUUCCUCCACAGCUCCGACGCGCUGCGGAGCGCCAUCUCACUCCUUUAGGCCUCUGACGGACUCUGGAGGCGCUCGCCGACUCACCCCGACGGCUCCUCGGUUGUUUUGUUUUGUUUCGCACUGCGCUCCCUCGUUGCCGCACGCCAACGUGGGAGGAGCCGACCGCCUGAGGCGAAAGAGCCGCGUCACUCCUCAUCAGAUUCAUCUCGCGGUGCAUUCAAAGGCAGUUUGAAUCAUCCUGUACAUUUCUCACAUGCACCCCAUCUUGUUUUUUGCAUUCUGCGCUCGAGCCGACGUCCGGGGCCUCCUGCCCGUCUCGCAGGUAUAGAAUUGUCUUUGUGUUUUUUGGGGACUGAUGUGACCUCCCGUUGUUUUCAUUUCCAUCGAUGAGCCACGAGUCUCCAGCCAGAGAGCGAGACUUCGUUCUGCCUCCAGCUCUGAGGACAAAGCUGCAUGCGUGAAAUGCAGCCGUUUGGCAAGAAGAGUCUCAGCAGCAUGACGACCCCCCCCCCCCCACACACACACACACACACACACCUCCCAAAAACAAAAGAAACUAAUGAGUGUGACAAAAACCAGAAGUUGUUACACGACUGGAAGAACUUUUUCUUCCUUCCCGCCCUUUGAAGACGACGCCACAUGACUCCAGACCGCUUGUUAUUCUCUCCGUGUUGCUGUUGAGUCGUGAAGCCUCAUCUCCCUGAACACAACGGGGAAUUGUCCACCCACACACACACACACACACACACAUCCUCUGUCCGAGUGCAGCAGCCUAGAGCCAGAAACUCUGCUCACUAGAAUCUCAAUGCAGGCUUAUUUGCAUACGGAGGGUUGCGCAAUGCAGCGUGCCACGAAUGUGUUGUAGCAUUUCUAGCUCCAGGUGAGCGUGGCCGCUGCGAGGGGACGCUCACAACUCACCCCUCCGUGACAGGAAGUGGGUUUCUAUUGGACGGUGCCACCGAGUGAAGCGCAGCUCUACUUUCCGCAUAUCUUUUUAAAUGUCUUCCCUUCAGGCCACUUUGUGAAGUCCACGGCUCCCGGUGGACUGAAAUGAGAAAAAUGACUUUUUCCAACUCGUUUGUGCUCUUUCAAAAACAUCAUGACACCGAGGACCUUCGCGUUUUUGGGGUAGUCGUCGUAUUCUCGUUGUUGUUUGUAAUGCGGAGGCGGUUGUACAGAUUAUAAACAUUUUACAAAAGGAGAGAAGAAGAAAAAUAAAGUGGCUAAAAUUGACAUUUCAUUUACAAUUCCUUAAAAAAACCUUAUUCCACUUCUCUUUUUUUUAUAAUAUUUCUUUUAUUUGAUCUUUACUUCUUUUCGUUUUAGAGUCUCUAGCGAGCACCGUGUGUUGCUCCGUUAAUGUGAAUAUGGUAAAUAGAUUUUCAUUUCCUCUUGAGUCUUUUUUCUGGAAAAAAAUUCACUAGAUGUCAUUUUUAAAUUUUUUUAUUUUAUACGUCGUUUUUUUGCGAUCUCUGAAAUGUGUACAUGUAAAACCUGUGGUUGUGUUGAGCUGGAAUGCUGUGUUUUGAAAUAAACCAACCGUAACUGUU